GAUUUGUAUCGUCAUGAUUGUUUUUGUUUAAAUUGGUGGAUCAAUAAGUCUCGUGGCCCGAGAAAACACAAAAGUUUCGCUACGACUCUCAGACAGGCCCGGUCUCCAAUCGCAUUGUUCACGAACCCUCUCAAAAUGUCCGAUUCCGAAAUCACACCCCCGCCCCAAUCGGAGCAAGACACCGCUCCGCCGCCGCAGCCUGCCCAGGACCAGCCACCACCCUCCGCCGCCAAGCUCGGCCACACUGGCGUCUCCUUCAGCAUAUGGCCUCCCACUCAGCGCACCCGCGACGCCGUCAUCAACCGCCUAAUCGAAACCCUAUCCACCCCCUCCGUCCUCUCCAAGCGCUACGGGACAAUGGCCCCCGACGAGGCCUCCGCCGCCGCGCGCCAGAUCGAGGAGGAGGCCUUCGCUGUCGCCGGAGGCUCCACCGCCUCCGACAACGACGGGAUCGAGAUCCUCCAGGUUUACUCCAAGGAGAUCAGCAAACGGAUGCUCGACACCGUCAAGGCCAAAUCCACUGCCGCUCCCACCGCCGUCGAUAACGGCGACGCUCAGACUACUGCCUCCGAUCUUGCUCAUUCCCCCACCGCAGAGAGCGACACUGCCGCCACCGCCACCACCGAGUCUGAAACCUGAUCAUUCUGGAUUAUAGUAUAUUAUAUUAGGGUUCCUUUGUUGAGGGUUUAUAUUUCACUACUAUAUACUAUAAUGAUUAUGAUAUGUUGUUCUAUCUGUAGAACUUCGUUUAUUUAUCGCGCCACCAAUCUUGAUUAUAAAUUAUUCCCUUGAACAUCUUAGCUGUUUUAUUGUCUGCCUGGAAGUAUUAUUAUGCGUGUCUUUGUCUA